UCCUUCAGCUUAGCCCGACCUCUAAGCCUUCACCCCUUCUCCGUCACUCCUUCACCAUCACCCUCGAAGAUCAAGAACCUCCACCGCAACCAUGGCUGGCAAACUCCUCCUUUGCGUCACCCUUGCCCUCUCGGCGUUGGGAGUCUCCGGUGUCCCGACUACCAAGACGGAGUUCCUCGGUGUGCCCAUCUCCAACCCUGGCAUCCUCAACGCCAUCCCGAACAGGUACAUUGUUGUGUACAACAACACCUUCAACGAUGAUGACAUCGACGUCCACGAGAAGAGCGUCAUUCAGACAAUAGCUAAGCGCAACGUCGCCAAGCGCUCCAUGACCGGAAAGCUCCUAUCCACCACCGUCGACACUUACAAGAUCGGCAAGUGGCGCGCCAUGGCCCUGGACGCCGACGACCUGAUGAUCAAUGACAUUUUCUCCGCCAAGGAGGUCAGCUACAUUGAGCAGGACGCCCGCAUCAGCAUCAACGCCCGCGCCGUUCAGGGGCGGACCACCACCGGCCUGGCUCGCCUCAGCCACUCCGACGCUGGCGCCAGGACCUACGUCUUCGAUGACAGCGCUGGCGAGGGCAUCACCGCGUUUGUUGUGGACACCGGCAUCCGGGUUACCCACCAGGAGUUUGAGGGCCGCGCUACCUUUGCCGCCAACUUCAUUGACGAUGUGGACGAUGAUGAGCAAGGCCACGGCAGCCACGUUGCGGGUACCAUUGGUGGCAAGACGUUCGGUGUGGCCAAGAAGGCCAACCUCGUCGGUGUCAAGGUUCUGGGUGCUGAUGGUUCAGGCUCGAACUCUGGUGUCCUUGCUGGCAUGCAGUUCGUCGCCGAAAACGCCACUGCCAUGGGCCUUAGCGGCAAGGCUGUCAUGAACAUGUCCCUCGGCGGCGGAGCUAGCCGGGCCAUCAACGCUGCCAUCAACAGCAUCGAAGCGGCCGGUGUCGUCCCCGUCGUGGCCGCCGGCAACGAGGCUCAGGACACCGCGAACACCUCCCCCGGUUCCGCCGAGGCCGCCAUCACUGUCGGCGCCAUCGACCAGACCACCGACGCAAUCGCCGAGUUCUCCAACUUCGGUGAGCUCGUCGACAUCUUCGCCCCCGGCGUCGAGGUGCUCAGCGUCGGCAUCCAGUCCGACAACUCCUCCAAGUCCCUGAGCGGCACCAGCAUGGCCUCGCCCCACGUCGCCGGUCUCGCCGCCUACCUGAUGGCCCUCGAGGGCAUCACCGGCGUGCAGGCCGUCGGCGACCGCAUCAAGGAGCUUGCGCAGGGCACGGGCGCUCGCGUCAGGGGCGGCCCGAGGGACACCACCACCCUCAUCGCCAACAACGGCGCCGAUGCGCUGUAGGGGCCUUCCUACAUAUCUACCUAAUUGGCCGUUCAUUUCUGGCAGCAGGUUCUGUAUAUAUAACCAACACAUUUUAGAAGCGAGGCGGGUUGGGCGCA